CAUUUGUUCCUCUCACUCCACACAUUCUUAGUUUAACACCUGACUUUUCGACUUCCACAUUAAAUCUGAAGUGGAGUGAUAAUGGAUCAGUCUUCCCAUAUGGGCUGGAUGCCUUUUGGCAGAUUCAGAUACUCCGUAAAGAAGCAAUGGAAGAAGUCACACAAGUAACUUACUAUUCAAAACUGACUCAUGAAGACAUCAUUCUUUCUUGGAACUGGACAUCAGAUAUGCCUUUGGAGUGUACAUCGCAUUAUGUAAAGAUUCGCUGUUACGUUAAUGUAACACAGUUUGUUGGCCCCAAGGAUUGGAGUGACUGGAGCCCAGUAGAAGAGGUCCCUGGAAAAGAUACCGAGCCCAAUGGGAGUGGGGUGUUUCCUCAGGACACCGUGGUGGCAGUAGGUUCAGAUGUGACAAUUUGUUGUGUCCAUGAAGAAGGACAGCAGAUACAACGGAUGACUUAUGGACCAGAAAUAUACCCAAUGAUACAUCUGAGUAGGCGGAGCAGUGCCAUCAGAGUGCUAAAUGCCAGUGCUUCAGAUACCAGUGGGACAAAUGUAGUGUGCAUACUGUCCGAAGAUGAGAUGGAUGGAACUGUCUUGUUUGUAGGAUAUGCCCCUGAUAUUCCCCAAGACCUCAGCUGUGAAACAUCCAACUUCCUGAUAAUAAAAUGCACUUGGAAACCAGGCAGACCCAGUGGACUAUAUGGAAAACGAAGAACAAAGUACAGUUUAUUUGAAAGAACUUCUGGUAAAAAUGUUUCAUGCGAAGUCAAUGAAAUGAACAGAGAGCGUGUCUGUGGCUUCCCAGUACUGGCUGAUCAAAAAACCUACAAUUUCAUAUUAGGCGUCUCCAAUCCUAUCGGGCAAACAGAGUCAUCGCUUUUGGUUGAUUUAACUCAAAGAGUUCAUCCAAAAACUCCAGAAAAGUUAACUGCUUCUGGGAACAGCUCUACAAAUGUCGGUCUGCGUUGGUUUAUAAAUGGCAGCUUUGCUGAGAUCAGGCUUCUGUGUCAAAUUGAAAUUAGCAGUGGUUACUCUGAGCGAAAACUGCACAAUGUCUCCAUGCCUGGUGGAAAAUUCUCAACUUACACAGCUCAGCUGAAUGCAUUGCACCCAUAUACCAGAUACCAGUUCAGGGUGCGCUGUUCGGCUGCUGACCAUUUCUGGAGGUGGAGUGGCUGGAGCAGGAUAGAGGAGCACACAACAUUGGAAGCCCACAAUGUCAAAACAGAUUGGGCUGUGGCAAUGGGGAAUGGAAUUUAUAUUUCUUGGAAUUCUUACCCCAACAUGACCUGUGGCUACAUAGUAAAAUGGUGUCAUUCAUCUGGGUCUGAACCCUGUAGUGUGGACUGGCAGAAAUUUCCUCCAAAUACAACAGAUGCAGUGAUAAAAUCUGCUCUGUUUAGACCUGGUGUGAGAUACAACUUUUCACUAUAUGGCUGCAAAUCCAGUGGAUAUCAGCUAUUGAAAAACAUAACUGGGUAUAUGAAAGAGCUGCCUCCAAAACGUGCACCAAAUUUUACUGUAGAAGAAACUUCUUCAGAUUCUAUAUUGGUAAAAUGGGAAGACAUUCCUAUUGAAGAUUGUCAGGGGUUUUUAGAGGGAUAUCGGCUUUCCUUUGCAAAAGGCGAAAAAGAUGCUUUAAAGCCUAGGCUUUCGGAAUCAGGGAAUCCAGAACUUAAAGUUAAGAAUAUCACUGACUUAACAAAGAAGUCUUUGAAAAUACUUGAUCUUCAAGGCAAAACAAGUUACCAGCUGGACCUACAAGCCUACACUGCUGGUGGGUUGAGCCCUCCAAACAGCCUCUAUGUGGUGACAAAGGAGGACUCUGUAGGAUUAAUCAUUGCAAUUCUCAUCCCUGUGGCAGUGGUUGUGCUGCUUGGAGUGGUGGCGAGCAUCUUCUGCUACCGAAAGAGGGAAUGUCUCUCCCCUUUCUCCUCUUUCUCACUUCAGGGGAAUAAGACACUUAAAACACUGGAAAUGAACCCCUGCACCCCCAAUAGUGUUGAAGUGGUGGAAACACGAUCUGCAGCUCCCAAGAUUGAAGACACAGAGAUGAUGUCCCCAGCAGCAGACACCACUGUGCCUGAAGAUGGCUCUGACUCAGAAACAGAGAACCAUGUGGUUGUGUCCUACUGCCCCCCUAUCAUUGAAGAGGAGAUCUCAAAUCCCCCUAUGGAUGAACCUGUGGGGUCAUCUCAGGUGGUUUACAUUGACAUCCAGUCAAUGUAUCAGCCUCAAAUUAAACCAGAGGAGGAGCCAGAAAUAGACUUAGUGACUACAGCAGGCUAUAAGCCACAAAUGCAGCUGCCUAUCAGUGCCCUGAAAAUAGAGAGUCGCUCACCUGCAGAGGAAGAAUUGGAUAAAACUGCAGGUUACAGACCUCAAGCAAACACAAAUGCCUGGAACAUGGACACUCCAGACUCUCCUGGAUCAGUUGAAAGCAACAAUGAAAAUGCAUCUUUUGGGAGCCCAUGCUCCAUUAAUUCCCGACAGUUUCUGCUUCCCCCAAAAGAUGAUGAAGACUCUCCCAAACCCAGUAACAUAGGGUGGUCCUUCACACACUUUUUUCAGAACAAACCAAAUGAUUAACAGUGAGUCCUCAUUGCACCUGGACCUGCCUUCCAAAUAAGCUCUUAUUCCUCAUGUUGUUGAGACAGGAGGAAGAAAAGUGCAAAAGGCAUGAAUUAUUCUUGGAGACAGUCAGCAGAGGUUCUAGUGAGCUGAAUGUUAUGUUUAAGUUAGUGAAAGUGUUAAUGUUCCAUUUUAAUAGAAGCCGAGAGGCCAAAGUUAUAGUAAUUUAGUUAUUACUCUAGUAAAAUAUAUUGGAUAUAAGGGGAUUGAGUUUAGAGCUCCUGAUAAUCAUAGUCAAAGAACUCUGCCUACCUUCACAUAGUGCUCCAAGAUUAAUAUGGUCUCCUGCAACUUAUAACUUGGAAAGAAUGCUUUGCUUUGUUGUAGUUGUUCUCAACCAUGCAUACUCAAAUGAUGCAGCCCCAACAGUUUUCCUUACUGAAGGUUUCAUUUAUCACAAACCUCAGCUUAACACAUGGAAACAAUGUGGUUGGAAACUGUUGAGAUCUUUUACCUAGUUAUAAACUAAGAACAAAUGAGAGUGCUAUUUUUUUUCUUCUCCCAUACAGAAGGGUAUUGUCAUUGUUUAACACUUCUGAAGCAAUGGCCAUUCAAAUCUGUUGCUUUUUAACUAGACACUAGUUUCUGUACCUACUGUACAAUGUUUAUUCAAUGUUUGACUCAGGGGUACAAACUUGGGGAAAAAAGUAUAACACUGAUUUAAACCUCAACAAGAACUGCAUAAAG